UUCCGCUGCAGUAACGAGGCCAGACUAAUCCCCGCACAAUGGUUCAGCCCUCCUCCUGUCACUUUAAGAGCUGACACAUUACAUCAUGGCUCGCCGCGGUGCAUUGUGGGCGGGGAGGAGAGAACGCCAUUUUCAUUGGGGAGCAGACAGAGGCGGAUACCGGCUGAGCUGCUGCAGGAGGAGGAUGAGCUCCGGAACCUUGGCUGUCAGCUAGGAGAGGCCUGGGCCCGGGCCUGAGACAGGAAGACGCCGCCUCCCCGGUAAAGCUCCGGACACCUCCGCUGUCACCACUGAAGAGCGCUGACACUGACCGCUGAACGAAUGUAUGACAACAUGUCCACGAUGGUGUUUCUGAAGGAAGAUAAGUUGGAGAAACUCACCCAAGAUGAGAUUAUUUCUAAGACCAAGCAGGUGAUCCAAGGUUUGGAGGCCUUGAAAAAUGAGCACAACUCUAUCCUGCAGAGCCUACUGGAAACACUAAAGUGCUUGAAGAAAGAUGAUGAGAGCAACCUGGUGGAGGAGAAAUCCAACAUGAUCCGCAAGUCUCUGGAGAUGCUGGAGCUGGGGUUAAGUGAAGCACAGGUUAUGAUGGCCUUAUCAAACCACUUGAAUGCAGUAGAGUCUGAGAAACAGAAGCUGAGAGCCCAGGUCCGACGGCUGUGCCAGGAAAAUCAAUGGCUGCGGGAUGAGCUUGCCAACACUCAGCAGAAGCUUCAGCGCAGCGAACAGUCCGUGGCCCAAUUGGAGGAAGAAAAGAAACAUCUCGAGUUUAUGAAUCAGUUGAAAAAAUAUGAUGACGACAUUUCUCCAUCGGAUGAUAAAGACAGUGACAGCUCUAAGGAACCCCUGGAUGACCUCUUCCCGAAUGAUGAUGACGAUCAAGGGUCAGGAAUACAACAACCUCACAGCAGUGCGGCUGCAGCUGCCCAACAAGGUGGCUAUGAGAUCCCUGCAAGAUUAAGAACCCUCCAUAAUCUGGUGAUACAGUAUGCCUCCCAGGGCAGGUAUGAAGUGGCUGUGCCCCUUUGCAAGCAAGCUCUUGAGGACUUGGAGAAAACCUCUGGCCAUGAUCAUCCAGAUGUCGCCACAAUGCUUAACAUACUGGCUCUGGUAUACAGGGACCAGAACAAGUACAAAGAUGCUGCCAAUCUGUUAAAUGAUGCACUAGCUAUUCGUGAAAAGACCUUGGGAAAAGAUCAUCCAGCGGUUGCAGCUACCCUUAAUAACCUGGCUGUGCUUUAUGGGAAGCGGGGGAAGUACAAGGAAGCAGAACCAUUAUGUAAAAGGGCCUUGGAGAUCCGGGAAAAGGUGCUGGGCAAAGACCACCCAGAUGUAGCAAAGCAGCUGAACAACUUGGCAUUGCUGUGUCAGAACCAAGGAAAAUAUGAAGAAGUGGAGUAUUACUAUCAGCGAGCACUGGAGAUCUAUCAGACCAAACUGGGACCAGACGACCCCAACGUAGCAAAAACUAAGAACAAUCUGGCUUCUUGUUAUCUUAAACAAGGCAAGUUUAAGCAGGCAGAAACCUUAUACAAGGAGAUCCUGACACGAGCACAUGAAAGGGAAUUUGGAUCUGUUGAUGAUGAAAAUAAACCAAUCUGGAUGCAUGCUGAAGAAAGAGAAAAAUUUAAAGGGAAACAAAAGGAUGGCACAUUUGGAGAAUACGGAGGCUGGUAUAAAGCAUGCAAAGUUGACAGCCCCACAGUGACCACAACACUGAAAAACCUUGGAGCACUUUAUAGACGUCAGGGCAAGUUUGAAGCAGCUGAAACGCUAGAAGAAGCCGCAAUGAGGUCACGGAAGCAGGGUCCUGUCUCACAGGGACUAGACAAUGUCCACAAGCAGCGAGUGGCUGAAGUGUUAAACGACCCAGAAAGCAUUGAGAAAAGGAGGAGCCGAGAGAGCCUUGAUGUGGUAAAGUACGAGAGCGGUCCUGACGGAGGGGAGGAAGUGAGUAUGAGCGUAGAGUGGAACGGGGAUGGCACUGGAUCUUUAAAACGCAGCGGCUCCUUUAGCAAACUCCGAGCUUCCAUACGACGCAGCAGUGAGAAGCUGGUCAGGAAGCUGAAAGGAGGCAGUUCACGAGAUGGUGAACCAAAGAAUCCUGGCAUGAAGCGUGCCAGUUCUCUGAAUGUUCUUAACACGGGCGGCAAAGCUGCUGAGGACCACAUGCAAGAGCGAAAUAAUUGUCUGACCGAAGCCCGAGGUUUGAGUGCUAGUCACACUGACCUGGCUCAUUGAGCUGCGCACAGGGACUAGCCGCCACGAAGAACGCACUGAGACUAAGCUUCCCCCUCCCUCUCUAUACAUGAAGCUUAUUCCUGUUUGAUAAUGGAUUGUUUUUACUUUUUUUUUUUUCUCUUUCCAAAGGACAGAAAACAAUUUUUAAAUUUAGUAUAAUUUUAGAUUUUUUUUUUUGUUUUAUUUUUAAAAAAGAACUUCUUAUUUAUAGGUGUGUAUGAUGUAUAUAAUUUGCUGCUUGCACUGUUGUCUGUAGAAAUAUAAUAUAUAAAAUGCCGAAAGCGCAUAAAGGGGUCACUGUUACAGCAGCCGAACAAAUGGCAGAAACUUUGUUGGAUUUUUGUCAUGUUCAUGGGUUGAGGAGGACUCAAAGUUACAAUGAAGACCACUCUGGGGGGGGGG